AAACGAAGGAGCAAUGAAGUCUGAGGCAAUUAACUGAUACUUUGCAAGUGAAGUAUUUACUGUAUGGUUCUCAGAUUUUAUUAAGAGACUCGGUAAUUUUGUAUUCAGAUACAUUCGAUUGUUCCCACUUGUGUUCUCCUUCACUACAAUUUCACUUCGCUCCUUUCUCUUCGCUUUCUUUGCUUCGUUUCUUCGGUCGUUUGUCUGGAUUAGUGACUGUAUAAAAUACACGUACUCGAAAUCCAUUCUCGUAUAUGACUUAUUUAAUUCCGAUAUUCACUAAUGCGAUAUAAGUCGAUAAUUAAAUACGAAGGUAGCCAGGAUGUAUAUUUUGACAGCAAUCUUGCAAUAACAAUCAUACAUAGGACUUAUCUGCAGUCAGAUCUCGGGGCACUAAAGAUAGGCUGGAUCAUUUUCUUCGGAUUCGAUAGAUGUAUUGAAUUCCGUGUCUCCGAUAAAAUAUUGAUCCCAUUUAAAUCCUAAUCUAUUCGUUCGACUUGAGACGUUUUUAAGAGCGGUAAUAUCAAGAAUAUUCAAGCAUGAAAGUGUUAAGGAUACAUAUAUUUAAAACACUUGUAUAUCAGACCAACAAAAUGAGAUGUACGAAUAUAGGUUGGUAUUGAAUGGAUUGUGGAAUCGAUCAAUCUAUAUGAAUCAUUGCAUGAGCUUACACCGAGUCACAAAAUAAUUAAGUUACGUGACACACAAACAUAUAAAUACUUAUAUCAUUAGCCAAUUUGUGACUGUAUAUGAUCUCAUGAAAUUUUCACUACAUGUGCUUAUUUUGCAUUGUUGGCUAGUAGAUAAAAUUUACUCAUUAAAUUCUUUAAACGCUAAUUAGCAUAGAUAUUCACUUAAACAUUUUUCGUGACAUUGGUAUACUGGAUUUUAAUGUUUUGCUCAUAGAAUUUAUGUAUAUUAUUGUCAAGAUGAAUCUUUAUGAAAAAAAUAUUAAAUUCACCUGCUGACGAUGCGUAGAUGGAUUGCUUAACUAAAUUGACUAUAAAUAUCAUUUGCAUCUCAGUAUAGAGGGCAGGAAGUCAGAUACUAUGAUCAUUCGUGAAAAUUCAGUUUUUUCUAAUGUUUCAAUCUAUGAUGAAGAUAUGAAUGACAACUUUGUAUUCAAGCGGCUAAUCCCUGCUUAUAAAAGGGAACUAAGUAAAACUUUUAUUGAUAUGUACUAUUGGUUUUUUUACAGUCAUGUAUAUUUGUCACCUAGCUGGUUCUGUGAAAGUCUUCAAAAGUAUAUGAACUACUCCUCAAAGUGAAAUAUGUUCUUGAAUAUCUCCGUCAACAAGUUUGAUUUUGCAAUGGUUGUUCAUACUGAUGGGGUUGAAAACGAAAGGUAUUGGGUUCAAGUCGUAUGGUGGACAUCAACAUAGGGAUGCAAGUAUACUCAUCUGACGAGCCUCAAAUAGAACAGAUUCCACUGUCAGCCAUAUUCCAUCCAUUCUAUGUAAAUCUUCGUCAAUAUUUUAAAGGUGAUUUUCAGUCAGUAUUUACAGAUCUUGAGUGUUUAGCGUUGUUAACUGCUUGUCUAUCUCAUGAUAUCGAUCAUCGUGGCACAGAUAAUCAGUUUCAAAUUAAAACAAUGUCUCCAUUAGCUAAACUAUAUUCUACAUCGGUUCUUGAACAUCACCAUUUCAAUCAGUUCAUGAUGAUACUAACCAUAAAGGGUAAUAACUUUUUAUGCAAUCUAAACAGAUCAGAAUAUGAUACUGUUGUGAAAUUAAUUAGAGAAGCUAUAUUGGCUACGGAUCUAUCAAGAUAUUUUGCUAGACUACCGAAAUUUCAACAAACUUUGCAUAAUUUGAAAGAAAUUAAUGAUCAUUCUACAAAUUUAUGGCGAAAUGAUCGCGAACAACGUUUAUUACUUGGUUGUAUGUUUAUGACAGCUUGUGAUGUUUCAGCCAUAACAAAACCAUGGCCAGUACAAAAAUUGACAGCUGAAAUGGUUGCCAAUGAAUUUUUUGAACAAGGUGAUUUGGAAAAAGAACGACUGAACGUAACACCAGCUGCAUUAAUGGAUCGUGAACGUAGUAAUGAACUUCCAAAACUACAAGUCAGCUUCAUCGACUCAAUUUGUAUGCCGAUUUACGAGAUGAAAGAUAAAAUUAUUAUGGUAAAACAGGAGAGUAUUAAUUUCAAUGGUAAUCUGGUGCAUGAUACUUAUAUUGACAGAUAUAAGUAGUAGGUAACACCAAUCACAA